AUGGCCAGUACUUUCAAGUAUUAUCCUGAAACGCUCGGUAAUUCUAAUGGUUAUCCAAUAAACCUGCCUUUUCCAAAAGGUUCGGUUGCUCCCGCUGUUAAUAUCGCUAGGCAACCACCAAAAUAUCUGGGACAUGUUCCAUCUCAAUCGGUUCAUACUCAGUUACCAUCCAUGGCUUCUCUAGGUUAUUUCAACCAGCCAAGCUCUAACUAUUAUCCUCUACCUGCACCACUUCAACAGCACCAACAGCCACCUAUCCUUCCCCCUCCGGGCGUAAUGUACACUAGUAAUAAUAACAAUAAUGUUAUUCCUCCUCCGGCUCAGAUGAUUCAAGAUGGAAACCAACAAUCUGACCAAGUAAACGGGGGCGUUAGUGAGAACCUGGAUUACGAUAUAUCUAUAAUGUCAAAAUUCAUCAUGGAAAACGCCUUUGUUGCCUUCAAUGCCAACUAUAGCAUUGAUGAUCAGACGACUGACUUAUUCUUCAAGGGUAUAUCCUCUGUAUUGAAUGCAACAAGACUACCUUCUGCUACAAUCUUUUUGGCUAUCGAUUAUCUUUUCAAAUAUAUCAAUAAGUUAUCCAAUGGGAUUCAUUCAAUUGGCGGUAAUUCAAUCAAUAUUAUUUAUCAAAACACCAUGAUUGCCUUUAUAUUGGCGAACAAGUUCAAUGAUGACAAAACUUUUACCAAUAGCUCAUGGUCGCAAGCAACAGGAAUACUCAUAGGUAUUAUUAAUGAUUUCGAGAGACAAUGGUUGAAAAUAUUCAAUUGGGAAUUGUAUGACAAUGGGUUUCUCUAUUAUGAGUUCGUGAAAAGUUUUCAAAUUUUCAAACAAAAUCAAUUUAAACCCAUUACAACGGCACCUACAUUGCUGUCACCGAUUAUCAAUGUUGGUGAUACGAGAAAUGGAAAUUUUACAUUGAAGCCAACUUCCACGAACAAUCCAUUAUCUCCAGUCUCCAAUUAUGAAACCCCGAUGCUGAUGUCAAAUAACAUGUUUUCAUCGCCCUCCUAUCAAGGUAAUCCAAGAUCCGAUUUCUCUGGAGCAAAUUCUUAUUACAAUUACUACAAUUACAACCAACCAAGACAGAAUUACUAUCAACAGUUCCCCAAUAUAUAUUCUUCACCCAUUUCAGAAACUCAGUUUGAUUACGAUUUUUACAAUUUCAGUAAUCAACAACUACAGCAACAACAGCAACAACAGCAACACUCAUUUUUACCUACCGCUCCACAAUUGCCUCCACCUCGCGUUCAUCAGUCUUACAACCAUCAUCUUGGCUGGAAGUCGAUGGAUGACUCGGUGAAUCAUUCAAGAUUUGAACGAAACUACUUUCCGUACUCGGCAGUAUAUUAG